UUUUAGCAGGAGGACCUUGGAAGAUUGUCCAUAUUGAAAAUGUGGUUCUGUAAUGGUAUGGAACAGAUGAAACUUGAAUCAGUGAGGAGUUACCUGAAUUUGGUUUUGCUGAUUCCCAGUUCUUAGACUAUACGGUUAAUGGUGUGUAUCUGAAGUCACCCUCCGGAGCACAUUUGUACUUAACAUAAUGAAAAACUGCUCUGAAGAUCUGCAGACAUCCAGGGCUGUGUAAGCCUCAGCUUUACGGUGCCGAGUGUUUGUAGCUCCUCAGCAGGCAGGAUGGUGGCGCUGUCUCUGAAGAUAUGCGUGCGGCAGUGCAACGUGGUGAAGACUAUGCAGUUUGAGCCGGCCACUGCUGUGUAUGAUGCAUGUAGAGUGAUCAGAGAGAGAGUACCAGAGGCUCAGACUGGACAGGCUUCAGAAUACGGACUCUUUCUGUCCGACGAGGACCCAAGGAAAGGCAUCUGGCUGGAAUCAGGAAGAACCUUGGAUUACUACAUGCUGAGAAAUGGGGAUAUUCUGGAAUACAAGAAAAAGCUGAGGCCACAGAAGAUUAAGAUGUUGGAUGGUGCUGUGAAGACCAUUAUGGUGGAUGAUUCUAAAACUGUGGGAGAGUUGCUGGUGACUAUCUGCAGUAGAAUAGGAAUCACAAACUAUGAAGAAUAUUCUUUGAUCCAGGAAGUGGUGGAGGAGAAGAAGGAUGAAGGGACUGGUACUCUAAAGAAAGACAGAACGCUACUCAGGGAGGAGAGGAAGAUGGAGAAACUUAAAGCCAAAUUGCACACAGAUGAUGACUUGAACUGGUUGGACCAUGGUCGUACGUUCAGAGAGCAGGGUGUGGAUGAGAGCGAGACGCUCCUGCUGAGACGAAAGUUCUUCUACUCGGAUCAGAACGUGGACUCUCGAGACCCUGUGCAGCUCAACCUGCUCUACGUGCAGGCCCGAGAUGACAUCCUUAAUGGAUCUCACCCUGUGUCGUUUGAUAAGGCGUGUGAGUUUGGAGGUAUUCAGGCACAGAUCCAGUUUGGCCCUCAUAUCGAACACAAACACAAGGCUGGAUUCCUGGACCUGAAGGAGUUCCUUCCUAAAGAAUACAUUAAGCAGAGAGGAGCAGAGAAAAAAAUCUUUCAGGAGCAUAAAACUUGUGGAGAGAUGACUGAGAUUGAAGCCAAAGUCAAAUAUGUGAAACUGGCUAGGUCACUCAGAACAUAUGGAGUCUCCUUCUUCCUGGUGAAGGAGAAGAUGAAAAGUAAGAAUAAAUUGGUCCCACGUUUGCUGGGUAUAACCAAAGAGUCAGUGAUGCGUGUGGAUGAGAAAACCAAAGACGUGGUGCAAGAGUGGCCUCUGACUACUGUGAAGAGAUGGGCAGCUUCACCCAAGAGCUUCACUCUGGAUUUUGGGGAGUAUCAGGAAAGCUAUUACUCUGUCCAAACCACUGAGGGAGAGCAGAUUUCACAGCUCAUAGCUGGUUACAUUGACAUUAUUCUGAAGAAGAAGCAGAGUAAGGAUCGCUUUGGCCUGGAGGGAGAUGAGGAGGCCACAAUGCUCGAGGAAUCAGUCUCACCGAAGAGGUCCACUAUUCUGCAGCAGCAGUUUAACCGUGUGGGCCGUGCUGAACAUGGUUCUGUGGCUCUGCCGGGUGUGUUGAGGUCUGGUGCCGUUGGGCCAGAGACACUGAACUUGGGCACCAUGCCCUCUGCCCAGCAACAAAUCACCACUGGCCAAAUGCACCGUGGCCAUAUGCCGCCACUGAGUGCAGCCCAGCAGGCCUUAGUGGGAACCAUUAACACCAGUAUGCAGGCAGUACAGCAGGUACAGGCAGAUCUUGAGGAAGCAGACGACCUGCCUCCACUGGGACAGGACAUGGCCUCACGGGUUUGGAUCCAGAACAAAGUGGAUGAGUCGAAGCAUGAGAUCCACUCUCAGGUGGAUGCCAUCACUGCAGGAACUGCCUCUGUGGUCAAUCUCACUGCAGGUGACCCCACAGACACAGACUACACCGCAGUAGGCUGUGCCAUCACCACUAUCUCCUCCAACCUGACGGAGAUGUCGAAGGGGGUGAAGCUGCUUGCUGCACUAAUGGAGGAUGAGGUGGGCAGCGGGCAGGAUCUGAUGCGGGCAGCUAGAACACUAACCGGAGCUGUAUCUGACUUGUUGAAAGCCGUGGAGCCCUCUUCUGGAGAGCCUCGGCAGACAGUGCUGACAGCAGCGGGCAGUAUUGGUCAGGCCAGUGGUGACCUGCUGCGACAGAUUGGAGAGAAUGAGACGGAUGAGAGAUUCCAAGAUGUUCUGAUGAACUUAGCAAAAGCUGUAGCCAAUGCAGCAGCAAUGAUGGUCCUGAAGGCUAAGAAUGUGGCCCAGGUCUCUGAGGAUACGGUUUUACAGAACAGGGUCAUCGCUGCAGCAACCCAGUGUGCCCUCUCCACCUCACAACUUGUUGCCUGUGCGAAGGUUGUUAGCCCUACCAUCAGUUCCCCAGUGUGUCAGGAGCAAUUGAUUGAGGCAGGAAAACUGGUCGACCGCUCAGUGGAAGGCUGUGUCAAGGCGUGUCUGUCAGCCACUAACGACGAGGAACUGCUGAAGGCGGUCAGUGCUGCUGCAAGUGUCGUGACCCAGGCGCUCAGCGACCUCCUGACACACGUCAGAAAUUACACCAUGCGAGGGGAGCCAAUCGGACGCUACGACCAAGCCACAGACACCAUUAUGACCGUCACAGAGAGCAUAUUCUGCUCCAUGGGGGAUGCAGGUGAGAUGGUUCGACAGGCACGUGUGCUGGCCCAGGCAACCUCUGAUCUGGUGAACGCAAUGAGGUCAGAUGCAGAGGUUGAGAUCGACGUGGAUAACUCUAAGAAACUUCUGGCUGCCGCCAAGCUACUUGCUGAUGCUACGGCACGAAUGGUGGAGGCUGCAAAGGGUGCAGCGGCAUACCCUGAGAACGAAGACCAGCAGCAGAAGUUGCGUGAAGCUGCAGAGGGACUUCGUGUUGCCACCAACGCUGCAGCACAAAAUGCCAUUAAGAAAAAACUCAUCAACAGAUUGGAGAAUGCCGCCAAGCAAGCUGCUGCAGCUGCCACUCAAACCAUCGCUGCAGCCCAGAAUGCAGCAGCCUCCAACAAGAACACGGCUGCCCACCAGCAACUGGUGCAGAGCUGCAAGGCUGUGGCAGACCAUAUUCCACAACUGGUGCAGGGAGUUAGGGGCAGUCAGGGACAGCCUGAUGAUGGGAGUGCACAGUUGGCUCUCAUUAUUGCCAGUGAGAACUUCCUCCAGCCUGGCAGUAAAAUGGUGACGUCUGCAAAGUCUUCGGUUCCCACGGUGGCGGAUCAAGCGGCGGCCAUGCAGCUCGGGCAGUGUGCCAAGAACCUGGCAACCAGCUUGGCAGAGCUUCGUACUGCCGCGCAGAAGGCUCACGAGGCCUGUGGCCCUAUGGAAAUAGACUCUGCUCUUACAGCAGUGGAGACCCUGAGAAAUGAACUCCAGGAUGCAAAACAGGCAUCCGCAGAGGGACAGCUCAAACCUCUCCCCGGAGAAACACUGGAGAAAUGUGCUCAGGAUGUUGGAAGCACAUCCAAAUCAGUGGGUUCAUCCAUGGCUCAGCUGCUAACCUGUGCUGCUCAGGGCAACGAGCACUAUACUGGUGUGGCUGCCAGAGAGACUGCCCAAGCCCUGAAAACUCUUGCACAGGCUGCAAGAGGCGUGGCUGCUGCGACCUCUGACCCUGAGUCUGCCACAGCCAUGUUGGAUUCGGCUUCUGAAGUCAUGGAGGGUUCAGCUAUGUUAAUCUCUGAAGCCAAGGAGGCUCUCAUUGCUCCAGGAGAUGCCGACAGGCAACAAAGACUAGCACAGGUAGCGAAGACUGUGUCUCACUCUCUGAAUGCGUGUGUCAACUGUCUGCCAGGGCAGAAAGAUGUUGACAUGGCACUAAAGAGCAUCGGAGAAGCCAGUAAAAAACUCCUUGUAGAGACGCUGCCCCCCUGCAGUAAGUCAUUCCAAGAAGCCCAGAGUGAUCUGAACCAGACAGCCGCUGAUCUGAACCAGUCGGCUGGCGAUGUGGUUCAUGCCUCCAGGGGAAACAGCAGCCAACUGGCCGAUGCCUCUGGUAAAUUCAGCCAGGACUUUGAUGAGUUUCUGGACGCUGGUAUUGAGAUGGCUGGACACACACAAAGUAAAGAUGACCAGAUCCAGGUCAUUGGGAACCUGAGGAACAUUUCCAUGGCCUCCAGUAAACUGCUUCUUGCAGCUAAGUCUCUGUCAGUGGACCCUGCAGCUGGCAAUGCCAAGAACCUGCUUGCUGCUGCAGCCAGAUCGGUGACUGAUAGUAUAAACCAGCUGAUCACCAUGUGUACUCAACAUGCCCCAGGCCAAAGGGAAUGUGAUAAUGCUCUGAGAGAGCUGGAGGCAGUAAGAGGACUGUUGGACAACCCUAAUGAGUCAGUCAACGAUCUCUCAUACUUUGACUGCAUUGAGAGUGUCAUGGAAAACUCAAAGGUGCUGGGUGAGUCCAUGGCUGGAAUCUCUAAUAACUGUAAAAUAGGAGAUGUUCCAGCAUUUGGAGAGUGUGUGGGUGUGGCCUCUAAAGCUCUGUGUGGACUCACUGAGGCAGCUGGACAGGCUGCUUAUCUGGUGGGUGUGUCCGACCCCAACAGCCAAGCAGGUUAUCAGGGUUUGGUCGAUCCAGUCCAGUUUGCUCGGGCCAACCAGGCAAUACAGAUGGCAUGCCAGAACCUUGUAGAUCCAGACAGCAGCCCCUCUCAGGUGCUCUCUGCAGCUACUAUUGUAGCUAAGCACACCUCAGCACUUUGUAAUGCGUGCCGCCUGGCUUCCUCUAAGACCGCCAAUCCAGUGGCUAAGCGUCACUUUGUCCAGUCCGCCAAAGAGGUGGCCAACAGUACAGCCAAUCUGGUUAAAACCAUCAAAACUCUUGAUGGAGAUUUCUCAGAGGAAAAUCGUGAGAAAUGUCGUCUAGCCACAGCACCACUCAUCGAGGCUGUAGAGAACCUGACCACCUUUGCUUCCAAUCCAGAAUUUGCUAGUGUACCUGCUCAAAUCAGCAGUGAGGGCUCUGCUGCUCAAGCACCCAUCAUCCAGUCAGCACGCUCCAUGCUGGAUAGCUCUACUGAACUCCUAAAAACUGCUCGCUCAUUGGUCAUGAACCCAAAAGACCCACCCACCUGGUCCAUUCUUGCUAGCCACUCGCGCACCGUGUCUGACUCAAUCAAGAAUCUCAUCACUGCUAUCAGAGAUAAGGCUCCUGGCCAGAGAGAAUGUGAUGCCUCCAUAGACAUCAUUAAUAGAUGUAUCAGAGACAUUGAGCAGGCUUCACUGGCAGCUGUCAGCCAGAAUUUGCCGAGCCGAGAUGACAUUUCCUUAGAGGCUUUGCAGGAGCAGUUGACAUCUUCCGUUCAGGAGGUUGGUCACCUGAUUGAACCUAUCUCCACAGCGGCCAGAGGAGAGGCUGCACAACUUGGACACAAGGUCACUCAGCUGGCCAGUUACUUUGAGCCUCUGGUCACAGCAUCAGUGGGCAUGGCCUCCAAGCUUCUUGACCACCAGCAGCAGAUGGCCUUCCUUGACCAGACCAAGACUCUCGCCGAAUCCGCCCUACAGAUGCUGUACGCAGCCAAGGAGGGUGGAGGAAACCCCAAGGCAACUCAUACUCAUGAUGCCAUAGCGGAGGCUGCCCAGUUGAUGAGGGAGGCAGUGGAUGACAUCACACUGACACUGAACGAAGCUGCCAGUGAGGUCGGGCUGGUUGGAGGCAUGGUGGAUUCCAUCACUGAGGCCAUGGGCAAGUUGAGUGAGGGGACCCCGUCUGAACCAGAGGGCUCAUUUGUGGAUUAUCAGACCAUUAUGGUGAAAUACUCUAAGGCCAUUGCUGUCACAGCACAGGAGAUGAUGACUAAAUCAGUAAGUGCUCCAGAGGAGCUGGGUAGCUUGGCUUCUCAGGUCACUGCUGACUACAGUCAACUGGCAGUACAGGGACGCUUAGCAGCUGCUACAGCGGAGCCUGAAGAGAUUGGGUUCCAGAUAAAGACGCGUGUGCAAGAGUUGGGCCAUGGCUGUGUUGUCCUCGUGCAGAAGGCUGGAGCUUUGCAGAUCUGUCCAUCAGACACUUUCACAAAGAGAGAACUCAUUGAAUGUGCAAGAACUGUGACAGAAAAGGUUUCCAUGGUGCUCUCUGCACUUCAGGCGGGUAAUAAAGGCACACAGGCAUGCAUCACAGCAGCCAGCGCUGUGUCUGGUAUCAUUGCUGACCUAGACACCACUAUCAUGUUUGCCUCUGCUGGCACACUGAAUGCUGAGAAUGAGGACUCCUUCGCUGACCACAGGGAGAGUAUCCUAAAGACUGCAAAGGCUCUGGUGGAGGACACUAAGAUGCUGGUGUCUGGCGCAGCAUCCAGUCAGGAAAAACUGGCCCAGGCUGCCCAGUCCUCCGCCAAGACCAUCACACAGCUCACUGAUGUGGUUAAACUGGGAGCAGCCAGUAUUGGCCCUGAUGACCCUGAAACACAGGUGGUGUUGAUAAAUGCCGUUAAAGAUGUGGCUAAAGCUUUAGGUGAGCUCAUCGGCGCCACCAAGUGUGCAGCAGGCAAAGCAGCAGAUGAUCCAUCCAUGUUCCAAUUAAAGAGUGCAGCAAAGGUGAUGGUGACCAAUGUGACAUCCCUGUUGAAGACUGUAAAGGCAGUGGAAGAUGAGGCCACACGAGGGACCAGAGCGCUGGAGGCCACCAUUGAGUGUAUCAAACAGGAACUUGCGGUGUUCCAGUCUAAAGAGGCUCCAGAGAAGUUCACUUCACCUGAGGAAUUCAUCCGUACUACAAAGGGCAUCACCACGGCAACAGCUAAAGCUGUUGCUGCUGGUAACUCAACCAGGCAGGAAGAUGUCAUUUCUACUGCCAACCUUAGCCGCAAAGCCAUGUCAGAUAUGCUGACCACAUGCAAGCAAGCUGCCUAUCAUGAGGAUGUGAAUGAAGAGGUCAGAAACAGAGCCCUGCUCUAUGGAUCAGAGUGCACCAACGGAUACAUUCAGCUACUGGAGCAUGUGCUGCAGGUCUUACAGAGGCCCACUGUGGAGCAGAAGCAGCAGCUGGUUGUUUUUUCUAAGCGGGUAGCUGGAGCCGUCACUGAACUCAUACAGACAGCAGAGGCCAUGAAAGGCACAGAGUGGGUAGACCCAGAGGAUCCUACAGUAAUAGCAGAAACAGAAUUGUUGGGAGCAGCGGCAUCCAUCGAAGCUGCGGCUAAAAAACUGGAGCAACUCAAACCUAGAGCCAAACCAAAGCAAGCUGAUGAGAGUCUGGACUUUGAGGAGCAGAUCCUGGAAGCAGCCAAAUCCAUUGCAGCAGCAACCAGUGCUCUUGUCAAAUCAGCCUCAGCUGCCCAGAGAGAGCUGGUAGCACAGGGCAAGGUGGGCUCCAUUCCUGCUAAUGCUGUGGAUGACGGUCAGUGGUCACAAGGGCUCAUCUCAGCUGCUCGCAUGGUUGCCGCAGCGACCAGUAACUUGUGUGAGGCGGCAAAUGCUUCGGUCCAGGGCCACGCCAGCGAGGAGAAGCUCAUCUCCUCUGCCAAACAGGUGGCGGCUUCCACCGCUCAGCUGCUGGUGGCCUGUAAAGUCAAAGCCGACCAGGACUCAGAGGCCAUGCGCAGGCUACAGGCUGCAGGUAAUGCUGUGAAGCGGGCGUCUGAUAACCUGGUCAGAGCCGCUCAAAAAGCAGCUUUCGACAAGGCUGAUGAUGACAACGUGGUCGUCAAAACCAAGUUCGUCGGAGGAAUUGCUCAGAUCAUUGCAGCUCAGGAGGAGAUGCUGCGGAAGGAGAGAGAGCUGGAGGAGGCCAGGAAGAAACUGGCUCAGAUCAGACAACAACAGUACAAGUUCCUUCCAAGUGAACUGAGAGAGGAUGAAGACUAAAUGGCAGCUAACUCUGACUGAAAUUUAAAUGUAUAUGCGUGUGUAUGUGUGUGCACGAGAGAAAAAGUGUGUUUGCAUCUGUACAUAUGUACUGAGGUACUUGGGAAAAACUUUGUCGUGAAGGAUGAGCUUGUUCAGAUUGUUUAUGAAGGAUGGACUCGUUAUGAGUGUGAUCCAUGUUCUUUACAGUGGUGAGGAUGUCUCGGGCCCUAAACUUGGCCUCGGGACUUUCAGUACUGGAUCCACAAGACCUCCACGUUACAGUAUGUACCAUUCUUCCCGGGAUGAGACUGAAGUUACCCUCCGUGACUAUUUUCAUAGCUAUAAAUGAUUUAAUAGUUCGCAAUAGUGUAGAUUUAGAUCAGAUGUAGUCUUGAAUUGUGCUGCUUUUGAGAGAAAAAAAGAACAUUUCAAAUCCUCGGUGAAUGUUUGAUAUGAGUUAAUGGGGCUAAUUUAUAGUCUUUGAUGGACUCCCUUAAACUGCUUUGAUGCUCAUGUGGUAUUCAAGCAAAAGAAAACAAGAACUAUGUAUGGAUACCCAGAACUACACUGUUUUUUACUACAAUUAUGAUAACACUGCAUAGAUUACAUGUAAUACAAACAGUACUACACAACACUAAUUUACAGUUUAGUGUAUCUAAGUGUAUAGACGACAUUUACACAAUCCACAGUCUACACAAUUGUCUAGAUGUCCAGUCCUCCUCUGAUCAGGUGGUAGCCUGAGGAUGCUCCACAGUAAUUUUGCACAUUUACAGGUGACUUUUCUGUGAGAGAAUCCAGAGCUCUUGCAACUAUUAAGAGGAGGUGGGAUUUCAUGUCAGAUUUAAAGAUGUCACUGACCAAAAACAUGAUAUAACGAUGCAAAAAAAGAGAAAAGAAAAUAGACAGAGUAUAUGUCAUGAAACAAGAGGGCACUCUAUGUUUUGAUGGAGAAUUCAGAGUCAGUGUCAUAGUAUGAAUGUAAAACGUAUAGGGCUUGAACACAUACUGAAGUCUGAACUCCUUUCAAGAGCAGCCUUAUGCUAACUGCUUUCUUUAGUUGAUCUGCUUAUUGAGUGGAUGAUUUAAGUCUUUUUUUCUUCUUCUUAGAGACUAGACUCAGUGUGCUUACAGUGUCACUCAGGUCAGCUUCCUCUACACUUAUCUGAUGUAAGGGAACGAGUCACUGUAUCACUUUUUUUUUAUCCCCUUUUCCUUUACUUUCUCCAUUUCUAGGUGCUAUUAGAGUCCUGUAGAAUGAUCUAGAACAGGACAGUUCCUUUUCAAAAAUUUAGUGGAGAAUUUUACAGUCAAGUUGUAGUGCCUGCUCUCUCUCUCUCUCUCUCUCUCUCUCUCUCUCUCUCUCUCUCUCUCUCUCUCUCUCUCUCUCUCUGAGCCUGAAUAGUUGGCUGCUAUUUUGAUUCAGUUUAACGGAUGUGGCUGGAUUCCUGCAACACAGCCCAGCUUAAUGACGGUGUAGACACAUCUAUUGUUUUUACUCUACCCUCAUGCAGUUGGACGUGGUCCAGUCUCAGGCUGUCUGACACUCUGUGGUGUAGUCACUGCUCUAUGACUCUGCCCAGGCCUCUCUGUUCUGUCUCUGUCUGCCUCUUCUGCUUGGCCCUGUGUUCUGAGUAGCAUUUGUGCCUUAGUCUACAGCUAGGAGUGCAUCAGCUGUAAAAGAAGGUGAUUGUAGUAGCCUUUUCUGCUUGUAGAGAACAGGGCUGAACACAGGUGGUCUGGACUUUCUGGGACAUCUGCACUGAGCCCUCAGAUCUCUCAGCUAUUCACUCAUCUGUUACCAGACCUGCCACUAACAUGCAAUUAUAUCUGUGUGAUCCAGAAUAUGUACAUAUGUAUUCUUUGAAAGAGGUGUGUACCCACUGUUCCUCUCUGUGUAUUAACACUGAAAAGUCUGCAUGUCCCAUUUUUAUGAAAGCGUUUAUGAAUAGAGUGGUGUGUGUUGGUUGAUCCGCUUGCUGGUUCAGAGCAGUCUGUCAGUAUUCACAAAACCAUGUUACUGUGUGAAAGAAUCAACAGCUAAUAUGAACACAACAUAUAAGUAUGAUUAUUCUUCAUUAUUACAACACAUUUUUCAUACAGCAUUCCUGGAGUAUGCACCCUAGUGCUUCUGAAGCCUUCUGGUUAAAGUUGCUGAAUCCAUUUCCAGUUUGAGUAGUUGUCUGUGUCUUUUGGACUAUCACUGAUGAAGCCACUAUCAGAUAGCUUAAACAUGAAGAAAAUUUUAAAGUGUAGAUCAGUAAAAGACUCAAAUGCAAUGUGACAUUUUACUGGAUCUGGGGGGAAAAAAGGACUGAAUUGUUCAUUUUGAAUGUGUCUAAUUUUAAUAGAAUAGAUAUAAGAUUACUGCAAUAAAGAUAUAGACUUGAAGUGAUGUAUGUAAACUAUUUAUCUGGCCACCAGGGGAAAACUAAUAUUUUUUGUAUUCACUCAAAAUAAAGGGUUUCAAACCACUGUU